CAAUGGAGAGCCAGAAGAAUAGGGAAAAUAUCGUUGGUUCGUACGCCGGUGCCAUGGACGAGAGUUCAGGUAUGGAAAUGCACACUGAGACGACGGCGACGCAGAUCACUACGGCGUUACCGGAGCCUUCGAACCGUGCUGAGGAACUCAGAAGCGUACUUACAUUGGCUCGCCAGCUCAUCAAUCAGGGGAAGCCGUCUCUGGGCCUCCAAGCGGUGAUUAUGUUAAUGAGAACUGAUGGUGGAGAAGAGGCUGUGUUCCAAACUCUGCACCGUGCUCGUGAGCUGUAUCGAAACAAAGUGCAGGCAAAUGCUGCUGCUGAUGAGCUGGCUUCUUUGUUUGCAGAAUGUGCGAUUACUGAAGCGCAUCCACUGAAAUUUAAACCAUCACCUUUUGACUCUGGGGCCCCAUCUAUGGCACCCGAUCUUCAUGGAAGUUCAAUUCUUGCCAAAACUGGAAGGGAACAGAUUAUGUUGGAUGCCUGCACAGACGGAAGCAGUUUCAUAUGCUUACAGUGUGGAGGCCUCGUCAGUAAACAUCGAAGGGAGGAGCACUUUGCAUACUGGUGUUGCAGACAUUAGAAGCUUGGGUGUAGUUGAUGCCAAUUCAGUCUAUGGUAGCUGUAAAAAGAAACGUUGAAUGCGGUCCUUUUAUCUCUGGCCUGCUUUGAUGGAGAGGACUUAUUUAUAUAGAAUCCUGUCCGCUGGAAAGCUUCGGAGACUUGCAUUGUUAUAGCAGAAUCUGCUUUCUUGUAUGUAGAACUUAGUUGUAGCGUUUGCCUGGUUAACUUUGAAGUAGAAAAAGGAAGAGGGAAAAUAUGCAUCUUUAGCUUGGAAGGUU